AUGUCUACCAUCAAAAAUAUUUCCAUAGUCAGCGAUCUAAGAAACGUCACUUUUGGAUUUUGUGCUUUACUAAAAAAAGAAUGGAGCCUAUUAUAUUUGACAAAAUGUAUCACAGGGACGACACUUGGAGUAUUUUCAGCCUUUAUAUUUCCUAUAUUCUCUAUCAUAGCCCUAACAACCGAUUCAGUGUUCAUCUAUGUAUUUUUCAGGAAAAGAUCAAGUAUGCCAAGGCAUAUGAUAUACAUGUUAUGUGUUUCAGUAUCGAGUAUAUUAACUGAUUUCUUCGUCGGCUGGUUAUGGCUAUUUCCAAGUAGAGGAUUACCGUAUGCAACAAAAGGUAGAAUAUACUUUUCACUGAUUUUUUUAUCUUCGGCUUCAUGUCGAUUCUAUAGAUUUUUGCAUUCAUUUACUUCAACAUCGAUUGUUAAUCUUCUUGUUAUAUCCGCAGUGGAUCGAUGUUUAGCAAUUAAAGCACCUAUAAAGUUCUCAAAAGUACAGCCACAUCAUGCUUGGUGGGCUUGUGGUAUAAUAUAUGUCGUCAGUUUCUUAAUGAUGUUACCAUUUGGAAUACUCGUCACGUGGCAUCGUAUAAAAGAUGAACGCUUUUGCUGGAUUACACCAGCAAAUGAAAUUCUACAUGUUUAUCAUACAUUAUUUUCAAAUUUUGGACCAAUACAAACUAUCAUUUUGUUAUUUUUAAAUUUAACAUUCCUAUUAUGUACUCGAAAGUAUUUGAGAAAUCGAUUUCUUCAGCAAUGCACAAAUAAUACAAGAACAAUGAGUCGUAGAGAGAUUCGAAUCUGUUUAUUAAAUCUAAUUCUAUCCUCAUUUUACAUUGCUAUCUCAUUACCACAAGCUAUAUGUUAUUUAUUGGCCAGAAUACCAAUAACCGGUAUCACGGCAAUUCAUAGGGGGAUAGCCUAUGACAUAGCCCAUUUAAUGUGGUCAUUAAAUUCAGUACGGGAAAUUACGAAUUUUAUUAUCUAUGCUAUUUAUUUUAAACCCUUAACUGAAUUAUUACUUCAAUGUUAUUUGAAUAUUACAUUUUUAUUUUAUAGACGUUUCAAACGUUUUAUUAAUAAUAAUGAUAAUAAUAAUGAUAAAAAUAACACAGUCAUUCAUGCUGUUGACAAUUCAAUGUAA